AUGGAUGAUGCCAUUCAUGAUGGUGUUGACAUUCUGUCACUCUCCUUUGGCCCUUCUCCUCCACAGCCCAUUUACUUUGAGGAUGCAGUCAGUGUUGGUGCAUUCCAUGCAUUCCAAAAUGGCAUUCUUGUUUCUGCUUUCGCUGGAAACUCCAUCUUCCCAACUACUGCCUGCUAUGUUGCUCCUUGGAUUCUCACUGUUGCUGCUAGCACCCUCGAUAGACAAUUCAGAUCAGAUAUCCACCUUGGAAAUUCAAAAGUUUUGAAGGGUCUGUCUUUGAAUCCAAUAAAAAUGGACAAUUGGCAUGUUUUGAUAUAUGCAAGUGCAGCCGCAGCACCAGGAGUUUCAGCAACAAAUGCAAGCUUCUGUAAGAACAAUACUCUAGAUCGUAGCUUGAUAAAGGACAAAAUUGUGAUCUGUACAAUUGAGAAAGUCACUGAGAACCGAAGACUGAAGGCUAUGAUAAUAAAGGAAGGUGGAGGAGUUGGAAUGAUACUUAUUGAUCACAAUACCAGAGAUGUUGGCUUUGAGUUUGUGAUCCCAGCCACUCUGUAUGUGUUAUUACCUGGAGCUGGAGGCGAUGAAGAGGAUGAUCUGAGAAGGAAUCAGCAGCAGCAGUUUGAAGCUCAAGCGAUGAAGAGGAUGAUCUUAGCUUUUAGGGUUUUAAUGGGAUCAGGGACCAGAUUGGGUACAAAAUUCAGAUUUGCCACAUCAGUUAGCCGUUGCUGGCUCCAGCGUGGCAUUGGAGGUGCCAGAUCAUCCCUCCGUUUGCUGACUUGGCGCCGGAAAGGGUUGAAGGGCAACUAUGGGUCCCGGAGCUGA